AGACUGGGAGACAGGUGUUUGCUAAGCAUAGCAUGUGGGAGAGACUGGCACUGGCAGCAGGCUUUGCCCCAGCCUCCCCUCUUGGAGCCCUUGGGUGCUGUGCAGGGUUAGGUUGCCCCUGGGGAGUUGAUCCCACAGGCCAACCUCUGACCUUCUCCUCCUUUCUUUCAGAUCCUGACUGACAAGGCUCUCGUGUUAUGACGACCCCCAACAAAGGAAACAAAGCCUUAAAGGUGAAGCGGGAGCCGGGCGAGAAUGGGACCAGCUUGACAGAUGAGGAGCUGGUGACCAUGUCUGUGCGUGAGCUGAACCAGCAUCUGCGGGGCCUGUCCAAGGAGGAGAUCAUCCAGCUGAAGCAGCGUCGGCGCACGCUGAAGAACCGAGGCUACGCGGCUAGCUGUCGUGUCAAGCGUGUCACCCAGAAGGAGGAACUGGAGAAGCAGAAGGCAGAGCUGCAGCAAGAGGUGGAGAAGCUGGCCUCUGAGAAUGCCAGCAUGAAAAUGGAACUUGAUGCUCUCCGCUCCAAGUAUGAGGCGCUCCAGAACUUCGCCAGAACCGUGGCCCGGAGUCCUGUGGCCCCAGCUCGGGGCCCUAUUACCUCUAGCAUGGGGCCCCUCGUCCCUGGCAAAGUCGCCACCACCAGCGUCAUCACGAUAGUGAAAUCCAAAACGGACGCCCGGUCUUAGUAAAGCAACGCUGCCUGGGCUUGUCUGUGCAGGGCAGUUAGGCGCAAAGCUAACCUGGAAUCCCCAAAGCACAAACCCUUUUCCUAGUGGGUCAGGACUCCCUCCUCUCUGCUCGGGACUGGCCUGCUGAUCACUCCAGUUUUGUGUUUUGUCUUGUUCAGAUUGAUAUGAUCAGUGGUGACACCCCCCCAUCCUGUGCAAACAGAGCCUCCCACCUAUGGGUCUACAGCCCUCUGGGGCAUCCUUGGGAUAGAGACUGUGAAAGACCUUGGUGUUCUAGCCAAAGAAAUUCUGCACAGCAUGGAGGAAGGUGUGUGCUUGAGGCCCAUGACACUUCUCAGUGGGUUGGGGAUGGGAGAGCAGAGGAGGCUCUGUGGCAGGGAGUCGGGAUCCCUGGUUUCAGUCACUUCCGAAGGAUUUAUUCCAUUAUACUUCCAAGUGGCAUAUCUCGGUGCCUGUUUGCCAGGUGCCCAAAUCUGCUGCUUCUGUCUCGCUUGGUAUCAGUGAUUGCCGUGGGGGUAGUUUGUGUAACUGAGUUUAUGUUAACUUCUAGACGCACUGCCUGUGUCCCAAAGGCAGGUUUCCUUGUGACUUUCACUGCACCAGCCACACACAUGCAGUAAUGGAAGGGAGGAAACUGCAGUUCCCUGGUAUCUCUGCUCUGGAGGUGUGUGUGUGUGUGUUUGUAGGGGUGGGAGAUGAUGGGGACACUGUGGGGGCCAGCAAUGGGAGGAGGAGGAGGUACCAUAGUGACUGAAGGCCAGUUUUGUGCCUAACAUGUUGCACUGAACAAGACCAAAAUCACUAGUUUUUUCCCAUCUAUUGAGGGUAUCAAGUGUCUCUAGUGUGAUGGUUUACACAACCAGUUUGUGGUUAAAUAGUCCUUUUAUUUAAAGAGAGAAACAUUCAUGUUAAGAGUUAUUAAAUUAUCUAAGUUUAAAAUCAGACAGAAGAGAGCGCAUAUUUAUAGUCGGCUUUUUUUACCCGAGCAGGCGGGAAUAUUUGACCAUAUAAAUGGAGAAAUAUUCUCAGUCUCUGCUAGCUGAAAAGUAAAUAAAGAAAAAUAAUUGUAAAGUUUCUCAUGAACCUCCUGCAAACUCUCUGUGGCUCCGAGGUUAGUUUUUAUAAAGAGUUAUCAGACUUUAUUUAUAAAAUUUAGAAAAAGACAAAAAAGAGGCAAGUCCUGUUUGAUAUCUUUUUUGCAAUUGUACCAAAAGUGACUUAUUCUUGAACUCGCUGGCUUCCUUCGUGUUCCCACUGUGUUGCGCUGUCCAUGCUCUCUGAGCUCUUGUGUGGCGCUGUGAUGUGAUGGUGCCAAUAGCUGCCUUUGCUGUCUGGAUGUCCUGUCUUCACGCUGCCUUUGCUUUCCCAGGGAUUGACAGGGGCACUGUCCUAGGCCUGCAGUGGGUCCUUGGCACGUAGGCGAGGUUGCUUCCCGACCAGUGAGGGCCAAAAUCCACCCUGACCUUUCUAAACUGAAGUCAGAACAACUUGAUGGGUGUGAACAGAUGGUGCCACAUCUCCAGGAGCCUCUCCUUCUGCACUGUCCUUUUGUAUUGUCCAACAGCCUGUUUCCCUAGCUGGCAGCCACCUGUCUCAGAGGUACAGCUGCUGCUGGAGGUGGUUGCUAACCAGGUUGUUCUUGGUAGCUCUGUUACCUGAACAUGGCAGACUGUUGUAAGACUGCUCCCCCUACUCUUCAAGCAGGAAAGAGGGCAGGGGAAGUGAAGCAAUGGAGAUUGUUCCAAGAGGUCAUGUUUAGGAGGAGACUAAUGGGAAAUAGCUCUGGGCUUUGGUUUCCUUUUAGAUCCUGCGGUAAGAACUUUAAGUGCUCAUUAGAUGCUGGCCAUGAGCCUCAUUGUGCAUUUGAGCAGGGCAGGAAGUUGCAUCAGUCCUGGUGAUGGACUCCCUUGCUGUUGAGUGUCUGCAUAGUACCGAAAGGGAAGCCAGGGCAUAGUUGCUUUCUUUCCUCUCCACCCAACCUUCCCGACUUCCUGGUGCAGCUUCUUCUAGGUGUGAUGUGUAUGUUAGGCUGACGUGUAGUUUGCAAGGCUGUGCGACGGAGCUAAGAUGCUAUCUGAGGUCUUGAUCCCUUUCCACAAACUGUUCCCCUGGAAGCUAAAGCUCAUUGCUGUUACCCCCAGGUGGCAGGACAGUGGGAAGAGACCAGCCUGGCAGGGGACACUGAGCUCCAUAUGGUGAUCUCUGGGCUGCUGGAUGCAGGCUGAGUGUAGGGGACAGAGUACAUGGUGCUGCAGCCUAGCCCAGCACCAAGCUUAGCAGCCUGUUUGUAUUGCUGACCUUAUCUGGUGGGGCACAGAUUUCAUGCCCACCCCGCUCAUAGGCAGAGAUUUUUGCUUUCUACAGAGAAGCAGGUAUGCCUGCCAAAGCCCAGUGUUCAGUGAGAAGAGGGAGGGCCAAGGACAGGUUGGAAUGUGCGGGCUCAGAGCAGAGCAAUAGUCCAUUGUGGAGGAUUUUCCAUUCAGUCCCACCCUUGCUCCGGAGAUUGAGGGUUUUUUCUGCUUUGUUUUGAACUGGGAUCCAGGAGGAAGCUGUUGGGGUCGAACUUCCCAGUGAGUUGCAUUGGACAGAGGAGAGGAUUGGGGAGGUCUUCCCACCUUUCCCAUGUUCCCCCUGCCAAACCAUGGGUCUUUCUCUAGUCUCCAUUAUGAAAAGUAGGUGUCUUCAAUCUCUGGUCUCAGCCUCCAGGAACCUGCUGAGACUGUAACUCUCCGGAAGGGCUAGUGACUGCGCAGUGCGGCUCCUUGGGAUUUAACUCCCCAGUCUUCUGGGUCUUUUGUCUUCCCAUUGCUCAGAAGGUGCCAACCACUGGGUGUUAUUCAACUGCAGACCCCUGAAAUGAGCCCAGAAUACCAAGUCCAGACUCCCCUUAGAACCAGCUUGAAAUUGGGUACCCCACAUGAAGUUGAGUGCAGAAGGCAGUUCUGAGCCAGCCUAGCAUGUCUGCCCUGCCUGGGAUGCAGGGGACGCUGUUGCCAGGGGUGUGUUUAUAUAGCAAGCUGGGUGCUGUGCUCUUGCUCCAAGAGGGUUUGGUUUGAGGAGGCCCCAUCAACUUUUGUGCAACAGAAGGAGCAGGUGGUGACCAUCUUCCUGAGAAGAUGCACGUGGCCAGAGACACCCCUGUUAGUGGCUGCCAAUCCCUUACCGUCCUACUAACAGCCUGGAACUUCCCUCCCUGACUGACAUCUCCCCCAUCAUCCAUCUUCAGAGGAGUCCUGGUCCAUGCCUUUACCAGGAGAGGAUGCUUUAGGGCUGGGUUCCAUGAGUGCUGGAGGACGGAGAGAGCAGACACUGACUCAGACAGAAUAUAAUUUUUUAUAACUAAUGGAGAUAUCCUAUCUCCUAGAGCUGGAAGGGACCUUGAAAGGUCAUUGAGUCCAGCCCCCUGCCUUCACUAGCAGGACCAAGUACUGAUUUUGCCCCAGAUCCCCAAGUGGCUCCUUCAAGGAUUGAACUCACAACCCUGGGUUUAGCAGGCCAAUGCUCAAACCACUGAGCUAUCCCUCCCCCGUCUUUUCCACUUCUUGAUGUUUUCGUUUAUUGUGCUUUUUAGUCUGUUAUCCCAAACAGCUCUCUGAUUGGCUGAGCAUAUUCAGUAACAUCACAUCUCAACAUAGAGGAUUUAGGUGCAAAGUCAGCAAAGCUGUGGUUGUGUGAUGUGGAGUCAUGAACUCAGCGCUGGGGGCCAGGACUCCUGGGUUCCACUCUUGGCUCCGCCACUGGCUCUGGGUGUGACCUUGGGCAAAUUGCUUCCCUUCUCUGUGCUUGGAGCCUCUGCCCCAUGUCAGUGACCGGUGUGUUGGAGGGGCUCUGGGCAGCUCCCUAUGGUCUGUGCUCUGCCCCAUGUCAGUGUCCGGUGUGUUGAAGGGGUUCCGGGCAGCUCCCUGUGGUCUGUGCCCCACGUCAGUGGUUUUGGUUCUUUGAUUUUAGUGAAGUAUAAAAUCUGAAUACCUUCUUGCCCUUGUGUUCAGGGAAUCCCCCAUUUAUGCUAAAGGGGGCACUCCCCCACUCACCCCAGCACCAGUCAGCUUCUUGUGUUUAUGGAUUGUCCCAGUGUGAGUCAGGCCCCCCAACCCCUCACUUGAUUUUUCUCUCUCUCUCAUAUAUAGCGUUUCAGAGUGUGACAGUUCUUGUUUUCGAGGUGCUUGUUCAUUUGGUUUCCUGCUGUGAAGGGUGUUGUGUUUUCUUUCUCUGGUACCUUUUUGACGCAGCGGGUGGGGUUUUUGCUCCUGGCCUGGCUGCAAAGCGAACCCGUGAAGUGUAUCCACCCUCGCAUGGCUGGGUGUAGGCGUGGCUGUCCCACCCAGGGCAUGCACAGGGACUUGUGUAUGUUGUGGUGAAUUGUGUAAAGUGAUCUCUUGGCUUAGGCAACAUGAUGGAUAUUUCCCUUUAGGGAGAGGAAGAGGCAGACUGCAGUGUGUAGGCAGGAGCUAGGACUGCUCUGUGCGGGUUCAUGCAGGUGGGGAAGGGCACGCAGAGCACUCUCCCCUUGGGUCGGCUGGUGUGUGUGUGAGAUCCUGGAUGGUCACCACCAUCCCUGGGUCUCUGGUAUGAAAUGCAAUGGGCGUGGGGGGGGAAGGGGGAUUUGUGAAGAGCUGGGGGUGGCAUAUCUCUUCCAACCUUUUAUGAGCAGAGUCCUCCUCCC